AUGAGCGAUAACAUCUCUCAAAAUCCCCCCGGGAGUGGGAUUCCAGAGAAGUCCUCUGGGUCCAAGGCCUCCGACUCCGAGUCUUGCAAGGUUGAGGGCUUGGAAGAAGCGCCGGGCAACGAUGCUGAGUUCGUCGACAAGGCGACCGAGCGUGCGGUCGUGAGGAAACUAGACUACCGCAUCAUUCCCAUGGUGAUGUGGGUCUAUCUCAUGAACAUGAUGGAUCGAGUCAACAUUGGAAAUGCGCGUCUGUUCGGCCUAGAGGAAGACUUGAACCUGAAAGGAUCGCAAUUCCAGCUUUCGGUUUCGGUCCUCUUCAUCACCUACUGUCUUUUCGAAGCUCCGUCCAAUAUGAUCAUUAAGCGUCUCCAGCCCGCCCGAUAUCUUGCUGGCUUGACCCUCGCUUGGGGUAUCGUCGCGACGUUCAGUGCCUUUGUUAACAACCUGGGAUCUCUCAUCGCCUGUCGUCUACUGCUUGGCCUCUGCGAAGCUGGCUUCUUUCCUGGCGUCGUGCUGUACCUGUCCAUGUUCUACAGCCGCCGCAGCCUAGCCUUGCGGAUCGCAUACUUCUACUCAACUGCAGCCCUCUCAGGGGUCGCUGGCGGUCUCGUGGCGUAUGGGAUCAGCUUCAUGGAUGGCUACGCAGGAUGGCGUGCUUGGAGAUGGAUUAUUCUCAUCAACGGCCUCCCCACCAUUGUGACAGGCGUGGUGAUUGUCUUUGUCCUACCGAACAGUCCGGAGACGGCGAAGUUUCUUUCUGACGAAGACAAGAGAAACUUGCUCCGGAUCCACGAGUCGCAGGUUGGCAAGGCGCCUAACCUUCGUGAAAUGGACAUGGCAGACGUCAAAGACGGCAUGAGGGAUUGGACCACCUGGGCAUACUGCUUCGCCCUGUUCCCAACAUUGACCAUGCUGUACUCGUUCGUCGUCUUCCUUCCUACCAUCAUUCACCAGCUCGGGACGUGGACCUCUGCUGAGGUGCAGGCAAUGACUGUCCCCGUGUACGCCGUGGGCGCAAUUGUCUACCUCAUAUGCGCACGCGUCAGCGAUGUCACUCAGCUACGGGGCCCCUUUGUGAUGGGCGGUAUCAUUUCGUCCAUCGUUGGGUACGGCAUGCUCAUUGCAAACAAGGGAUCUGGAGUCUCGUAUACUGGCUGCUGCUUCGUAGCCAUUGGAAUAUUCGUCUCUUCAGGCAUCUCGUUCGCUUGGGUUCCGACCAACAAUCCUCGCUACGGCAAGCGAGCCUUCUCGACGGGCAUGCACCUCACCAUUGGCAACUCGUCGGGCGUCGCCUCGCCGUUUCUCUUCGCCAAGCAGUACGAGCCUACUUUCCGGCCCGGUUACGCGGCGAGCAUGGGCAUGCUUGCCUUUUCCCUCACUCUAAACAUAAUUUUGCACCUGCACUUCCGCAGACAGAACAAGUUGCGUGAUGAGGGGAAACAGGACUAUUUGAUGGAGGGCAAGACGCAGCUCGAGAUUGAAGCCAUGGGCGAGAGGAGUCCCAGGUUCCGGUUUGCCAUUUGA